AUGUUAAAUCAACUAAACAGACUAAUAAAAAGAAAAAAGCCUUUAAUUAUACAAAUAAAAUUAUUUUUUGUAUUUAUUUUAAUUAAUUUAAUUCCAAAUUUAUUUUUUUGUAUUCCAAUAGAUAAUGGAUUAAUUGAUUCUGAAUUAGUUAAAGAAUGUGGACAAAACAGUACAGUAGAUGUUGUAUUGUUAUUAGAUGGAUCUGGCUCAGUUGGGGAUUCAACAUUUAGAUUACAAACACAAUUUGCUAGACAAUUAGCCCAAUUAUUAAAUAUAUCUGUUAGCGGUUCUCAUUUGGCUAUUAUUCAAUUUUCUGAACAACCACAACUGGAAAUUGCGUUAAAUCAAUAUACUAAUUUACAACAAUUAGAAGUAGCGUUGCAAAAAAUUAAAUUUAUUGGGGGUGCUACAAAUACAGGCCAAGCAUUGCAGUUUACAUUAGAUACAGCUUUUCAAGGAGCUAGAGGGGGUUCUGUGCCUAAAGUAGUUAUUGUCUUAACUGAUGGACAAUCACAGGACGAAGUAGCCGAGGCAGCUCAACGAUUGAGGGAUGCCCACGUUCUAGUCUACGCUAUAGGAGUUAGUAACCUUGUAAACGUUCAACAACUACACCAAAUGACAGGAAACGUGCUUAGAGUAUUUACAGUAGAAUCAUUCGACCAAUUAGAUAGAGCUUUAGCUGAUGCAUUGACUUGGGAAAUGUGCCGGACAGAUUUUAGACCUGGAACCCCCGAUAUAAUCUGUGCUUCAGACAAAAUAGGUGUUAGGGCAUCUACUAAAAAGCCUUUUGAAGGAUACGUGUUUGUUCAGAAUCAUUUUAAUCAGCCAGAAUGCCGUGCUGGACCUGAGAAUUUUCCUGAUUCGAGUAUUGGAAUAACCGUUCCAUUUACUAAUUGUGAUGUCCACAGAUAUAGAUCGUUAAGUCCAAAAGGAAUAUUUGUUGAAAUGACUGUUGUUUUUAUGUUCCAUUCUGUUUUUAUGACAAAAGUAGACCAAAUGGUUAAUAUUAAAUGUUUUUAUAUGGAAGCGGAAAAGUCUGUGACUGUUCCCAUGGAAGUUAGCCAAAUAACUACACAAUUCCGCCAAAAUGUAUUUCAAAUGCCUAGAUGUGAAUAUACUUUAAGAAAAGAUUCUGCAGAAGGGCCAAUUGUACAGUUUGCAAUUUUGGGUAGUUUAAAAGGGUGGAAAAAUAAAAUUAAAUUAAAAAAAAAUAAUUUUCAAGGCCAACCAGUCUAUCACCGUUGGGAAUGUAUAGAAGAAGGAGGACAGGAUACUUUUGGAAUGCUUGUACAUUCUUGUUAUGUAGAUAAUGGAUUUGGGGAUAGAGUGGAUAUUUUGGAUGAAAAUGGGUGCGGAUUGGAUGCCGUUUUGUUGAGAACACCAGAUUAUGACACAAGUUUACAUUUAGCUACAAAAGAGUAUCACGUAUUUAAAUAUGCAGACAAGCCUGUACUUCAAUUUCAAUGUCAAGUAACCCUGUGCUUAAAAUUGGAUGGAGGCUGUGCAGGAAUUUCUCCCCCAAACUGCCCAGAGACUAAACCUAGACAUUUAAAUGAAUUACAAACAAUUAGUAGACGUCGAUCUAAAUCUAAAGUUUUUACUAAAAAAUCGAGACGUUCAAAUCCUGAAACUAUGGAUGUUUUUACUAAACCGAUGAUGAUAAUAGACGAGCAAUUUAAAGAAUUAACAGAAGAAUGCCAACAAAAUCCUUCCAAAAAUACAUCAACAAAUAAUAUUUUAACAAAUUUACUGCCUCAAACAGAAAAACAAAAAUGGAUAUUGCUUGCAUUUAUUUCUUUAUUUAAUUUAUUGGUAGCUGGAUUAACCUUAACGUGUUGGCUAUGUUGUAAAUUGGGAGGAGCUACAAUAAGGCGAAGAAAGGGGAAAUGGACGAGGGAAUAGAGUUGAGUGAAGUGAGGGGGGAUAAUUUGAAAGGAUUUUUU